UGUGUUUGGUUUAGCUUUUAAAACCAACUUCACGGCUACAACCGUAAAAUCUGAACCAAACGGAUUUUUUAGACGCUAGCUUUUCCAAACGCGGCAACUUCCUGUACGUACAAAUCAGGAAGUCUCUCGCAGCGAGUUCGACCCAGCUUCUAGCGCGGUAGCUUCUCAAAACUAGAUGAUAAUUACCCACUGCCAUCGAUAAGUUGUACCGUUUCGUUCCCGAAACAUAACGAAACAGGGCGAAGCCAGACGAUCCGCCCCUAUCGACCAUCUUCUCGAAAGAAAAGUCUGCGGGCGCUAGGGUUGCGCCUCCCAUCGGCCGGCUCGCCGGCGGCGAUUGCCUCGUCUGGGCAUCAGGCCCGACCUUGCCCCGUCUCACUCCAGAGUCCCGAUGACAAUCCACCAAGCAGCCGAUCUCUCAGACGUCUGUCUCCCGACGCAGAUGGACUCAAGCAUGGAAGGUUUGGGAAAACAAGCACUAGAGAGACUUGGACUUCUAGCUGAGCUCGGCGAGCUUGCGCAGCAGCAGCAGGCUGCCAUCCUUGGGAACAUGGGUAACCUCUAUACCGAGCGUUAUUUGCACAAAGACUCGUAUAGAGAGACUCCUGAAACGGGGCUUCAAUGGGUCAUGAGAUGUUUUGGUCGUCCUAGAUAUUUUUACAAGAUGUUCUGCAUGACACCGGAAGUGUUUACGACACUACAUGAUUUGCUUGUCUCUACCUAUGGAUUGAAAUCAACUAACAAUGUGUCAUCGGUCGAGUCACUAGCCAUGUUCUUAUGGAUUGUUGGAGGCCCUCAAGCAUUUGCACAAGCUAAAAACCAAUUUACAAGGUCCCUAUGGACGGUUCACACAAAGUUUAAGGAAGUAUUGUAUUGUUUGCGCAAGUUAGCGAGAGACAACAUCAAACCAAGAGAUCCUACUUUCAGUACAGAGCAUGAAAAGGUUAAGGAAGAUCGUUUUUGGCCUCACUUCAAAGGCGCUAUUGGUGCUAUUGAUGGAUCACAUGUACCAUGUUCAGUUCCUGCAGAGGAUGUGGUUAACCACACAUGUCGCCAUGGUUAUACAUCUCAAAAUGUGCUUGCCAUAUGUGACUUUGACAUGAGGUUUACCUUUGUUGUUGCUGGUUGGCCUGGCUCUGCACAUGACACAAGAAUCCUACAUCAUGCAUUAGCAAAUUUUCCUUCAUUUCCUGUACCUCCUAAAGGAAAAUACUACCUUGUUGACUCGGGUUAUCCAAACCGAAUUGGGUAUCUUGCUCCUUUCAAAGGGAGUACAUACCAUCUACCAGAGUUUCGUCUUCGCCGUGGGCGUGCACUGCAAGGGAAAUAUGAGAUAUUUAAUUUCUUCCAUUUGUCUCUUCGCAAUGUAAUUGAGUGUGCAUUUGGAGUGUGAUGAAGAUGAGGAUUAUCUACCUGGAGCAGCUGCAGCACCACAAACACAAGGGGAUGACCAGCCUGGGGUGGAUAAUGAGAAAUCCAUGAACGACAUUCGAAGUAGGAUCGCCGAUGCUUUGCUUAUGGCGAGAGAGGAAUAGAAUAUCUAUGUUGAUGGUGAACAUUAUUAUUUUCGAACUAUUUGAGGACAUUACUUUAUAUUCAUUUUAUCUAUAUGUAUGGAUUAUUAUGAAAAAAUACAAAUAUUCUCCCGAAAUGGCGAUUUACAU